AUGAAACUUGAAGAUUUAGCUAAUGAAAUUUUACUUGAUUUAUUUGAAUUAUUGGAUGAUAUUCAUCUUCUUCAUGCUUUUAAUGGUCUCAAUUCUCGUUUUAAUAUGCUUCUCUUCAAUCGUUUUCAAACCUAUCAUCUUGAUUUUCGAUCUUUAUCAAAACAUAAUUUCAGUAUUGUUUGUCAACAAUAUCUUCCAAUAAUUAUCAAUCAAGUCAUUACACUUCAUCUAUCCAAUGACAAUGAAACACCAAAUUUACUUCAGCUUUUCCUUUCCUAUGAUUUUACUCUCAAUCGAUUCAAUCAUUUGCAAACACUUUCAUUAUAUCAUAUGGAUUCUCUUAGUAUAUUAAAUGAAAUAUUACUUCAAUGUCAUCAUCUUCCAUAUCUCAUACAUCUAAAUGUGAUCAAAUGUAAUUUUGAUCAAAGAGAAAGAGAAAUUCUCUACUUAAUUAACAAUAUUUGGAGUUUAUCAAAACUUACUCAUUGCAACUUAGAUAAUAUUUUUGUUAGUAAGCUGUUAUUUACUAGUAUGCCAACAAUCUCACAAUCAAUUGAAUACUUAUCCAUGAAAAAUAUUUAUUGCCCUUUAAGUAUUUUAUUUAAUUUGUUUCAAUGUACACCUUGCUUACGAUGUAUUCAUAUAAUGGAUGUAAUUGGUUACGAAGAUGAACAGCUACAACCUAUUGUUUCAUCGUUAUCUUCAAUGAAUAUUUCAUUUUCAGGUUCGAUGUAUUCUUUGGAGAAACUUUUUCGAAUUGUAUCUAAUUUAUAUUCUUUAACAAUACGCACAUCAAGUAUGUUUUUGAAUGGAUAUGAAUGGGAAGAGAUUAUUAUCAAUCAUUUAUCUAAGAUCAAAGUAUUUCGACUAAAAAUGGAAUUUAGUUUUCCAACUCAUAAAAAUAAAGAAGAGCAAAUCGAUAAACUACUUGAUUCAUUUCGUACUCAUUUCUGGAUUGAUGAACAUCAAUGGUUUAUACAGUAUGAUUACAUUCCAACUAAUGCAUUCAAUUGUGACGUUCUUUACACUUUACCUUAUGCCUUUGAAGAUUUAACUUAUGCAAGUAAACAGUUAUCAAAAUCAACUUGUCCUGAAAAUAAAAUAUUUCAACGUUUUGAUCGAGUAAAAGUACUUCGAUAUUCAAAUCAAGACGAAUAUUUAUCCAACGAAUCGAAUACACAUUCUUCUCGUUUUCUCAAUAUUCGUCACCUUGAAAUCGAUCUUCCAUUCAAUGAUCAUCUUUUCACAAUUGUUUCAUUGAAUCGAUUAGUCUCGCUUCAUAUAACAUUGCCUUUAAACUCUGAUCAUUUUUUACUAGAAGGUCUACUUGAUCGAAUACCUCACCUCUAUUCAUUAACUAUUCAACAUUGGUCUUCUAUUCACCCCACAUUAUUUCAGGUGAAAAAUGAAUCUCUUCGACGUCUAGUUUUCGUUCAAUCACCUACUAUACCGAAUAAUUUCUACUUUAACAAUGUUGAGUGUACUGCCUUGUCUAAUUCUCCACUUGGAUUUCACUGCGAAGUUCUUGUAAUUGAUGUGCAAUGUCAAACAAAUAUUCUUGAACUUAUUAAAACGAUGACAAAUCUUCGUUCGUUAACUGUUCAAUGUAAUGAUGACGAAUGGAAUAUCUGGUCAUCAUCAACAGCAAAUGAUGAACUUGUUACCUGGUUACAAAAACAUUUAUCAUCGACCUGUUUGGUGAUAAGAGAUCCGAAAAAAGUAUCUAACAUUCAAAUUUGGAUUGAUUCCUAA